CAGACGCGCACCGUGAUCCUCCCGCGCGCCCACGGAACCCGCACCUGCUCGUGACGCCGAACAGAACCCCGCGACCAGAACCCGAGACGCCGACGAGAACCUCCGACGAGAACCUCCGACGAGAACCCCCGACUAGAACCCCCGACGCCGACCGGAACCAGCGACACCGACGAGACCCCGCGACGCCGGAGCCCGUGCGCCUCCUCUCCCCGCUCGUGCGCGCUCCGUGUGCCGCUCUCCUCCCCCCGGCCUCUUCCUCCUCUUCCUCCUCUUCCUCUUCUUCGUCGCCUCGUGCCUGAUGGAAGCGCGAUGCGUCGUCCCCGCCGCGCUGCCGCUGCUCGUCGCGUGUGCGCUGCUCGUGUUUGGCUCGGAUGCCCUGCCGCCGCCGCCGCCCGGGGAGCGUCAGUACCUGAACGAGUGGGCCGUGGAGGUCCCGGGGGGGCUGGCGGUGGCGCGCGCGCUCGCCAAAGAGCUGGAGUACGACCUGGUCCGACAGAUUGGGGCCCUGGAUGAUCAUUACCUUUUCAAACACAGACGUCACCCGAGACGAUCGAGACGCAGCGCGACGCACGUCACCAAGAGACUGUCCGAGGACGACAGGGUGCUGUGGGCGGAGCAACAGUACGAGAAAACGAGGAGUAAACGAGCGAGUCUGAGAUCAGACGUGGACAAACUCUUCACCGACCCCAUGUGGAACCAACAGUGGUACCUCCAAGACACUCGGACGUCUCCAUCUCUGCCCAAACUGGACCUGCACGUGAUCCCUGUGUGGCAGAAAGGAAUCACCGGGAAAGGAGUCGUCAUCACCGUCCUGGACGACGGACUGGAGUGGAACCACACCUGACAUCUACGAGAACUACGUAAGAACCACACCGACAUGUACGACAACUACGACCCGGCGGCGAGUUACGACUUUAACGACAACGACCCCGACCCCUUCCCCCGAUACGACGCCACCAACGAGAACAAACAUGGGACUCGUUGUGCCGGGGAAAUUGCCAUGCAGGCGAACAACAACAAGUGUGGAGUGGGCGUGGCCUUCAACGCCAAAGUGGGAGGGAUCCGUAUGUUGGACGGGAUCGUGACGGACGCCAUCGAGGCGAGUUCCAUCGGGUUUAACCCCGACCACGUGGACAUCUACAGCGCCAGCUGGGGCCCCAACGACGACGGCAAGACGGUGGAGGGGCCCGGCAGACUGGCCACCAAGGCCUUCGAGCACGGAAUACAGAAGGGUCGCGGGGGUAAGGGUUCGAUCUUCGUGUGGGCGUCGGGGAACGGCGGUCGUCAGGGCGAUAACUGCGACUGUGACGGUUACACAGACAGUAUCUACACCGUGUCCAUCUCCAGCGCGUCUCAGCACGGGCGCUCGCCGUGGUACGCCGAGAAGUGCUCGUCCACGCUCGCCACGGCCUACAGCAGCGGCGACUACACCGACCAGAGGAUCACCAGUGCAGAUCUUCAUGACGAGUGCACAGAGACGCACACGGGGACGUCGGCCUCGGCUCCUCUCGCCGCCGGGAUCUUCGCCCUCGCGCUGGAACAGAAUCCAGAGUUGACCUGGAGGGACCUGCAGCACCUGGUGGUGUGGACGUCGGAGUUUGAUCCUCUGGCGGGGAACCCGGGCUGGAAGAGAAACGGGGCGGGGCUUAUGGUGAACAGCAGGUUCGGCUUCGGUCUCCUCAACGCCAAAGCUCUGGUCGACCUGUCGCACCCUGACACCUGGCGACACAUCCCUCUCUCUUUUCUCUCCGUCGACAGGGAGUUGAAGGCGGCAGGUGAAAUCACCAUAGAGAUCCCGACAGGUGCGUGCAGGGGGCAGGAAAACGCCGUGUCGUCGCUGGAGCACGUCCAGGUGGAGGCGAGCAUCGAGUACACGAGGAGAGGAGACCUGCACAUCACGCUCACCUCGCCGGCAGGGACCCCCACGGUGCUUCUGGCCGAGCGGGAGAGGGACACUUCUGCCAGCGGCUUCAGAAACUGGUACUUCAUGUCUGUGCACACCUGGGGAGAAGAUCCCACCGGGACCUGGACCCUCAAGAUCACAGACACCUCCGGGCGGAUGGAGAACAAAGGACGGAUCUUGAGCUGGAAGUUGAUUCUUCACGGAACCUCUGAGAAACCAGACCACAUGAAGAAACCUCGAGUCUACACACCGUACAACCCCGUCCAGAACGACCGCCGAGGGGUGGAGCGCAUGGAGGAACCCACCGAGGAGCAGCCCCUCCCCCAAACAGAGACUCCGCCCAACACAGAGAGAGAACGCUCCUCUGACCCCGCCUCUUCUUCUGACCCCGCCCCCUCUGACUCUGCCUCCUCCUCUGACCCCGCCUCCUCCUCUGACCCCGCCUCUGUGGCUCUGCAGCGCCUCCUGCAGGUCGCCUUCGGCCGACAGACUCCAGUCCCUCCGCUCUCGGGGGGGUCGGGUCCUCGUUCCUCCCCCCGGACGAGGCCGUCCCCGGGGGCGUCUCCGUCCAGACUCCCCCCCCAGGCGCUGUACCGGGCCCUGGACCUGAUCACCCGGAUCCAGACGCCGCCGCAGGACCCGCUGUACGCCCGCUACGUCGACCGCUUCUACCAGGACGGAUACCGGCACCGCGACGACCGCCUCCUGCAGGCGCUGCUCCAGCUGCUCGGAGACGACCGGAUAUGACCCGGUACGACCCGGUACGACCCGAUACGACCUGAUACGACCUGAUACGACCUGAUACAACCUGAUCCGCCCGCACAAUCUGCCCCACACCAGCGACACGAGCACCAGGAGCAGCACAUGGACCUAUAACCACAACUUAUACUUCCAUGAGCCAGCGACAGGAGCGACAGGAGCGACAGGAGCGACAGGAGCAUUUACAGAGCUGUGCAGGUGUGUGGACAGGGCCGCACCUGGACUUUCCCCUCACGCCUCACAGGCUCGACUUCAGUUCCUCCAAACACACCGGGACGUUUGAUUUUCAGAUUUUAGAGAUUUUCCUAAAAUUAAAAAAACGACAUCGUGGGUUUUUUUUGUGUUUUUUUUUGGUUUUAUUAUUUCGAGCUGAGCAGAUCUGACCCGACAGCGGCGUUGGUCACACGGGCUCUUCAGUCCAGAGCUCAAACACGUCUGUGAAAACAUCAGGCUGAAACGUCACAGAGUUCCAAACAGGAAGUGAUCACGGCCGAUCUUCAGGCUCCAUCAACUUCCUUGAGAAUUUUGCUCUUUAUCUGGACCUGAGCUCUGGACCUGCUGUUGUGGCCUCAGCAUUUUGGUCUUAAAUGUUCUACUAAACUCUUUCUACAGGACACAAGUCCUGCCCGGUCUUUUCUAAACCAGGACUAAACCAGGACUUAACAAGAUCUAAACCAGGUCUAAACUAGAUCUAAACCAGGACUAAACCGGUUACACCCUCAUCAUCAGAAAGUCCCACUGGUCAGAAAAUCCUUCCCUCUUCUCUUGGUUUGUCAGUAACAUUUCUCUUGAACAGUUGAAUGUUUAUUUGAUGAAAACAACAGGGAAUAAUCCCUGGAUCAGGGAAGAAUUAAUAAACUUUUUAAUGUUUACCAAUUAAAAAUGGCUGCAACAUCAACAUUUUUAGAGAUAUUGACAGGGAAAACACAUAAUCAUGUAUAACAGCAUCGGCUAAGACCAACAUGACUUAAUGUGUUGGUUUACAAACCACCAAUGUUAUAUUAAAAGAAAAAGAUUUAAAAUAAAAUAGAAAUGAAGGUUGUAGAGCUCGAAUUACUGAACAUUUUGCAAGUUGUUGCCUGAAAAUCAGAUAAUUAUUCACCCUGUUCCACUUAAGACGACAUUUCCACCAAAUCAUUAUUUCCUCAAACAUUUUUGCUGCAUUUUAAGGGUUUAAUAUAUUUAUUACUUUUAAUAUUUACUUUAAAAAAUAUUUAAAACUUGAAAUACAAUUUCAUUUGUAACAAUUUGUAACACGACCUGAACAUGGAUUUUCUGACUAGAGGCUCUUCUGACUAGAGGGCCUUCUGACUAGAGGCUCUUCUGACUAGAGGGUCUUCUGACUAGAGGGUCUUCUGACUAAUGGGUCUUCUGACUAGAGGGUCUUCUGACUAGAGGGUCUUCUGACUAGAGGCUCUUCUGACUAGAGGGUCUUCUGACUAAUGGGUCUUCUGACUAGAGGGCCUUCUGAAUAAGGCUGACCCUGUCUA